UCGGGAAUGGGACCACCAACCAAGGCAUUGCUCCCAUCCAGGUCUGCACCAACCUCCUGAUCAAGCAAGUGGUGGAAGUAGCUUGUGGCUCACAUCAUUCAAUGGCUCUGGCAGCUGAUGGAGAGAAAUCUGGUGUGCAGGUUCUGGCAGGUCACAAAAGUGAGGAGGCUACAGCUGAGGAGGGGAGCUGCUUGGAGCCGACAGACAGCAAAUGAAAACUCAGAAAACGUUAUGAAGGAUGGCCCAACAAGCUGGUGGUAUUCCUGGAGGGAUGAGCGUCUCCUCAGUACUUGGGGGCAGCUGAGCUGUGACGUGGAACUCUGAGGGAUACUUCCAGUCGUGAUGGUCCUGAGUCAUCACGGCAGGUUAUGUGAUGCCUCGUAUUGGUGAUGAGCGAGAUGGGGCGAAGCAUGGUAUGGUUUUGAAAGGUUUCCAUGAAAAAAAAAAAAAGCGACUAUUGGUGCCCCAGGAGCUAGGCAGAUUCUUCAUAUCACUGAUAGGUAUGUGGUAUAUGCCUCAUUUCCUGUUUGAUGCCAGAUUUAGAAACACACAUAGCUGCCGUAAUUACAGAGGCGGUAUAGCCUCGUCGUUAAGAGCACUGCCAGACUGCUGGGUUCAGAUUCGUGGUCAGUUCCACUCCCUAGCUGUGGAACCCCAGGCAAGUCACCCAACCCCUCUGUGUUUCCAUUUGCAUGUAUGGCAGUGGCGUGAACCCCAGGGUCACCUCACAGGAUUACUGUGAAGAUUGAGUAGGUUACCACAGUAAAGUAGAGCCGUUCAGCGCAUUCUGAGCACUUGGUGUUCGCUUGGGGCUAUAACAACUGCGGCCAGGUGGGAUCAGGAUCCACAGCGAAUCAGCCAACUCCUCGGAAAGUUACCAACUGUUUACAUAUUAAGAGGGUGGUUAGCAUUGCCUGCGGUCAGACCUCGUCCAUGGCUGUUCUGGACAACGGUGAGGUCUAUGGCUGGGGCUACAACGGCAAUGGUCAGCUAGGCUUGGGAAACAAUGGCAAUCAGCUGACCCCCGUGAGAGUGGCCGCUUUGCACAGCGUGUGCGUGAACCAGAUUGUCUGCGGCUAUGCACACACGCUAGCACUAACCGAUGAGGGCUUGCUCUAUGCCUGGGGAGCUAACACGUACGGGCAGCUGGGAACUGGCAAUAAAAAUAACCUGCUAAGCCCAGCGCACAUCAUGGUGGAGAAAGAAAGGGUAGUAGAGAUUGCAGCCUGCCACUCUGCCCACACAUCAGCUGCCAAGACGCAGGGAGGCCACGUGUACAUGUGGGGCCAGUGCCGGGGCCAGUCGGUGACCCUGCCCCACCUCACCCACUUCUCCUCCACUGACGAUGUGUUCGCCUGCUUUGCCACCCCCGCCGUCACAUGGCGCCUCCUGUCUGUGGAGCAUGAAGACUUUUUAACAGUUGCAGAGUCACUGAAGAAGGAAUUUGACAGUCCAGAGACGGCUGAUCUGAAGUUUCGAAUAGAUGGGAAAUAUAUCCAUGUCCAUAAAGCUGUUUUGAAAAUCAGGUGUGAGCACUUUCGAUCCAUGUUCCAGUCUUACUGGAACGAGGACAUGAAGGAGGUGAUCGAAAUAGACCAGUUUUCUUACCCAGUGUACCGUGCCUUUCUCCAGUACCUUUACACGGAUGCAGUGGACCUGCCCCCUGAAGAUGCUAUAGGUCUUUUGGAUUUGGCAACUUCCUACUGUGAAAACAGACUGAAGAAACUUUGUCAGCACAUAAUCAAGCGAGGAAUUACCGUGGAGAAUGCCUUUUCACUGUUCUCUGCUGCGGUCAGAUAUGAUGCAGAGGAUUUAGAAGAAUUCUGCUUUAAGUUUUGCAUCAAUCAUUUGACAGAAGUUACACAGACUGCGGCAUUUUGGCAAAUGGAUGGCCCUCUGCUAAAGGAAUUCAUUGCUAAAGCCAGUAAAUGUGGAGCCUUUAAGAACUGAAGCCCGAAGCUGCGGGGUUUGGUGUGAGUGCUCGGGGGGCUGGUGGUGGUGUGUCGGUUGUGCCCUCCGGGUGAUGUAAUUCCACAGGUAAAAACCCAGCUGGUUGUUUUCGCCCGCAUGAGAUCCUGUUCUCCGUGUAGGGCUACGUGAAGGGUGUACGGCUUUUCCAGAACCUGUUUUAAACAAUCUUGUUUUCAGAUAUGCGUAUCUUAAAUGUGACCUUACGCUUAGCUGGGACUUCGUAAAAGGGUGAACAUUUAAGCUGGUUGUUUAUUUGGUUUUUAUUUGUUUCUGAUCAGAGGAACUUUUGGAGUUGGAAAAGGGACGUUUGUGACAACUCUCCUGGCUCGCCUAUCAGUAAUAACCCUUUGACACCAGAUUUGGGAAGUGUGCAAAUUGUGAGACAGAAAUAGAGGCCCCACUGGGAAUUAAAGAGGCUGGCGUGGGGCCUUGCUAACCUGCUGCAUUAGUUGCUAGUUCAGUAGCCUUACUGUGAAGGAAGUUAAGAUUGAUUUAUUUGAGAUUCUUGUUUGUGUAUGUGCAUUAUUGAUGACUUUUUUAACCUCAGAAUAAUUUUCAACUUAAUAUAAACCUGUUGGAACGAUAAUUAUGUGAAGAUAAAUUUCUAGCUUAGGCGAGGUUUCUCUUAAGACUUACCCACAUAAAGAGUAGUAAUGUAGAACUAUCUAUGGAAAGUUGAUAAUGAAAGAAACUUCAUUUGGGCAAAAGUACACAUUUUAUAAAUCAGAGCUUCCACUAUUAUCUAACUGUUUUAUUAAGGUUAAAUUUAAAAACCCAAAUUUAAAUUUCCCUGCCUUUCCCCCUAUAAAUACAAAAUCCUAAGAGGAAAAUAGUUAUAUAUUCACCGUACGCUCUUGCCUUCCCAAAUUGUGGUUCCGGAAUCAUCAGAUCCUCCUCAUCUGACGCAAAGAAGUGGUUCUUAAAACCAAGUGUUUUUCGCAGGACUCAGUGGAAUUUAUCAAUUUCCUCUGCACCAAGUGCUAUCACACAUUUGUUUGUUUGGAAUUUUACCUCCUUUCACAUUUGAUUUUCCUUUCACUUUAACUGUGUUUGGUAUAAUAUUUCGCACAAUUUAACUUUGAGAAAGCAUCUAAUUGGGGAGUUUUCCUUGGUCCAGUUAUGAAAUGUGACUCUGGGAGAUAAGCGUGUUCCUCGCCGAGUUUUCAAGCUCACUUUCAAAACAAAGCUUUGUUCCGCUCUCUGGCCCAGGGACUCGUUUCCAUCUGUGGGAGCUCCCUUGCUGCUCCGUGUUUGGAAUGUCCCUCUGAACUUGGAGACUAAAUACAUUUUCAGAGCCAAAUUUAUAAGCGGGUGAAGAGCACCUGCAGCUACUGUUUUUAGCAGUGUGUUUAAGUGUGUGGGGGAGGGGAAGGCCCAAAGAUGGAAAUUGAUUGAUAGGUGAAAUAAACACACACCCGGAAGGCCCAGCCCCCUUUUCUAGACCAUGUUGCCCAUGAGUAUUUAGAUUAGAAUAGCUUGUCCAACAUGAUAAACUUUUCUUACUAGGUUGAUUAAGGUACAUUAAUUUGACAGUGAUGGGUAGUGUUUGUAACAAUCACUGUCAACAGAGGCUUGUGACAGGGACAAAAAGAACUUCAGAAUGUUUACUGUUGCUCUUACCUGAAAAAAACUUUUAAAAAAAGCACAAUUAAUGUGGUAGAUUCAUUUCCAAAGAUAGUUCAUUCAUUCAGCAAAUAUUUACUGAGUUCCUCAUCGGUGGAGAACCGCUUCUUAGAUUACUAAGUAAUUCGUGUGAGUAUGUAUUCAGCGAAGAGAACAGGAAAAAUCCUUCAGAAAGCAGUUGAGUAUCUUGUUUUUGUUUUUUUGUUUUUUUUUUAAAUACACUCUCUUAUUUUCUACUUGGUUUUGUUGUUAAUCAUAGCAGGAAAUGAAAACUCUUCUUUGAAUUUUUUCAUCUGACAUAAUAAAGCCAAAGUAUUCAUGUCUCUUAAAAGCCCUAAAAUGUAUUCCUGAACUUCUUACAAUGUUUGAUACCCUAGUUAUAUAGGUUGUAUUUAUGUAAUGUUUAGAAUGACAUAUUAAUAAAUAAAGCAAUCUGUUAAA